CCUCCGCCAUGGCUUUGCUAUUCACAUGUAAUUGGUACACUGCGAACAAGUCGAUGGAUGAUCGUGCCUUUUGCAAUGCUGAUGGAGAUUUCUUGAUAGUCCCUCAAUUAGGGAGGCUUUGGAUCACUACAGAGUGCGGAAAAUUGAAUGUUUCUCCUGGUGAAGUUGCUGUAUUACCUCAAGGAUUUCGAUUUGCAGUAGACCUUCCUGAUGGCCCGUCACGAGGUUAUGUAGCUGAAGUUUUUGGCACCCAUUUUCAACUCCCUGAACUUGGCCCAAUAGGAGCUAAUGGCCUAGCUGCUCCAAGGGAUUUUCUUGUUCCCACUGCAUGGUUUGAGGAAAGUACCCGUCCAGGCUACAUUAUUAUACAAAAAUAUGGUGGAGAACUUUUUACUGCAAAGCAGGAUUUCUCUCCAUUCAAUGUGGUUGCUUGGCAUGGUAAUUAUGCUCCAUAUAAGUAUGAUCUGACCAAGUUCUGCCCAUUCAACACGGUCUUGUUUGAUCAUGGUGACCCUUCAGUAAAUACAGUAUUGACAGCACCAACUGAUAAACCUGGUGUUGCAUUGCUCGAUUUCGCCAUAUUUCCUCCUCGAUGGUUGGUUGCUGAACAUACAUUUCGACCUCCAUACUACCACCGGAAUUGUAUGAGUGAAUUCAUGGGCCUCAUUUACGGUGGAUAUGAGGCAAAAGCAGAUGGGUUUCUUCCAGGUGGUGCAAGCCUCCAUAGCUGUAUGACUCCCCAUGGUCCUGAUACAAAGACAUAUGAGGUAUACCUUUCUAAACCCUUAGAAAUAUAAUUUGUUUGUUCGUUUCCAUUUUCAUCUUGUAUUUUCCUUGUCAGUGCUUAGUUUCAAUCCAUAUUAGAUCAAUGCCCAACAAUGGAACUCUGAAUGGUUUAUUCUUUUGAUAGUACACAUACAUAUGAAACUUUCUCAUCACAUGUUAGGUUAGUGAUUCCAAAGGAACUUUGAUGCUUAUAGUGUUCCUGUGGCUGAUAUGGGUGACUGUUUUUCAUUGUUCUCCUUGAGUCCUUGUUAAUAGCUGACUGGCUUUUUAGUUGUUUAGUUGGAGAACAUCCUCAACUGCCCAAUGAUCGAUCCUUAUUUAACACUAUCACUUGUUUGGGACUGCAGGCUACAAUUGCACGUGGGAAUGAUGUAGGACCACAUAAAAUAAG